GUGGUGGGGGAUUUUUGACAGCGGUAGCGCUGUUGGGAAACAAACAAGGACGUGGUCGGGGUCUGGGGGGGACUGUUUUUCCCUCCUCGCUUGCUCUCUCGAUCUUGCACCGACCACUUCUCACCCCAGCGAGAUUUCCGAGGAUAUGGCGGCUUCGGACUGGGCUGUUUAUUGCAAGUCUGAUGAGUGAGAGUGCUGGCAGCCUGCUCCUCCACCGCGAUGGUCGACAUGGAGAGCCACUACCAUCCCCCUUCUCCCCUGGAGGACACGGUGCUGGACAGCCCCCUGUGUGCCGAUGACGACUUAAUGGGCAGCAUAGAGGAGCUACAGGACAUCUCCCAGUCCAUCGACAACGAUGCACUCAGCUCCUUUGACGUCCCUGAAUACCAGUCCUCCAGCAACGGCUCAGAAGGUUCCACUGUCUUAGAUGCCCUGACGCCAGCGUCCAGCCCCUCAUCAGUUGUUUACGGAUUGGUGGCGGGCCAAGAGGAGUUCUCAUCCUCCUCAUCGCUUAAUCUGGAGUGUCGAGUGUGUGCUGACCGCGCCUCGGGCUACCACUACGGAGUCCAUGCGUGUGAAGGCUGCAAGGGUUUUUUUCGGCGGACCAUCCGUCUGAAGCUGGAGUAUGACAAGUGUGAGCGCCGCUGCAAGAUCCAAAAGAAGAACCGCAACAAGUGCCAAUACUGCCGCUUCCAGAAGUGCCUGUCAGUGGGCAUGUCCCACAACGCCAUCCGUUUUGGUCGGAUGCCUCAGUCGGAGAAGCUAAAGCUGAAGGCGGAGAUGGUGACAGGGGACAAGGAGGUGGAAGACCCUCAGCUAGCUGACCAGAAGACGCUGGCCAGGCAGAUUUAUGAGGCCUACCUCAAAAACUUCAACAUGAACAAGGCUAAGGCUCGAACCAUUCUCACCGGCAAGACCAGCACCCCUCCUUUCGUCAUCCAUGACAUGGAGACCCUCCAGCUGGCAGAGCAGACGCUGGUGGCCAAGAUGGUUGGCUCUGCGGGAGUGCUGAAGGACAGGGAGGCGGAAGUUCGGAUUUUCCACUGCUGCCAGUGCACAUCGGUGGAGACUGUCACUGAGCUCACAGAGUUUGCAAAGUCUGUCCCUGGGUUUUCAAGCCUGGACCUCAAUGAUCAGGUGACUCUUUUGAAAUAUGGAGUAUAUGAGGCUCUCUUCGCCAUGCUCGCCUCCAGUAUGAACAAGGACGGGCUUCUUGUAGCGUAUGGCUCGGGCUUCAUCACCCGGGAAUUCCUCAAGAGCCUGCGACGUCCAUUCAGUGAUAUGAUGGAGCCAAAGUUCCAGUUUGCCAUGAAGUUUAACUCACUGGAGCUGGAUGACAGUGACCUGGCUCUGUUUGUGGCCGCUAUUAUCUGCUGUGGAGACCGACCAGGCCUGGUGAAUGUGGCGCACAUCGAGCGAAUGCAGGAGAGCAUUGUGCAGGUGCUACAGCUCCAUCUGCUGGCCAAUCAUCCAGACGACACUUUCCUCUUCCCCAAGUUGCUGCAGAAACUGGCUGACCUCCGGCAGCUAGUCACUGAGCAUGCACAGCUGGUGCAGGAGAUCAAAAAGACAGAGGACACGUCGCUUCACCCACUCCUGCAGGAGAUCUACAGAGACAUGUACUGAGGAUUGUGGAUGAAUAACCAGGAGAAGCACUCUAUAAACCAUCUCCUUUUUUCAGGGACAAAAGAAGAAGAGUCCUCUAUAAGCUAGGGUUGAACCACUUAAACCCCGCUAAUGCAGCAAGAAUUAGCUUUCAUCAGCACAAGAGGUCUUGUUUAGGCCCAAGCAAGGAGCUGUUGAUUCUCUUGGUUUGACACAGUGCUCUCCACUCCAUUGUGUGGACCUUCCCAGGCAGAAAAAUCAUGUGUGCAAAGAUGUGAUGUACAGCUGAUUGAGCCCCUACCUAGAUACCAGUGUAUGCAAUCUCUGACCAAACCCUAAAUGCUAAUUUAAAGUCUUUGAGGUUAUCCCCAUCCUGACCCUCAAAAAUGAGGAAAGAAAGUGAACUUCAUAGUCACCACUCCAGCAGUAUGUUUGAAAGUAGAUUUUUAUACUCUUAUUAAAGAGCCAUAUACAUUCACAGUUAAUAACAUCCAAAUGAUUUCCGUGGCAGCAGCAACACAGUAAUGGUACAGUUUUCAAGCAAGGCAGCUUCUGCCAAAUUGGCGAUCAGUAAAGGGUGGUUAUCCACAUACCAGCCCUCCAGCAAGUUUCUUCUCCUUUUUAUACCCAGAAACACAACUGACUGGCUCCUGAACAUAAUCAUGUAUUUUUACUGUAAGUCUUCUAAGCCAUACUUUGUUUGUAAUGAUAGUGGAAAUGAUCAGUGUCUUUCAUACACCUUACUCUUCUUAACAAAACAGCACUAAGACUUGGUAUUGAUUGUCCCCGUUUAUUACACAACUUGUACUCGAACUGUUCAGGCAAUAGUAUUUUUGCACUUCAGAAUAAGGUAGCAAAAAAGUUGAAAGAAAAGAAGAAGUUUAUGAAAUGGCCACAGGCACAGAUUCACUGUGUAUAUGCAUCACAAUGCACAUCUGAAGCACAAACACGCCUGCAAUAUGUUAAUGUGACACUGUUUUAUACUGGACCUCUCUUGAAUGCCUUUUUCGCAAAACACAUGCACAGACUUUUGGCACUCUAUCCUGUUUUGUGUCCUGGUAUUCAAGGGCUAACACCAAGAUAAACCGCAUUACAACCUUAAUACAGGCAGACUUAGGACAGAUUUGCUGGGAAUUAAUUCAUCAGUUUCUUAAUUUCUUGCUCACUGAAGCCCUGUUCCUCAAAUUCUCACAUCUCGUUAUUUUUUCUCUCAUUAAGUGAGAGUGUCUCUCUCCUCUUUCUCUUUGUCAGUCCCUCUGCCUUCUUUUGUGUUUUACCGGCUGUGUUUGGUCCUCAUAACAGAUGCUGCUGAUUAAGAUUCAGGAGUCUUUUGUGCACAUUUUUUAUAUGAUGGCAAAUGAAAUACAUUACUCUUUUCUUCUUUGAAGAAAAGAAUAAUGGUUCUGCGUUGGUCAUUUGUGGCAAACAGUCAAGCCAAAAGAAGAAGGUAAACACAAGCUUGUGGCCACCUGCAUUUAUCUGAUUCAGUGAGUAAGUUAAAGCCAGUCAGACUUUUGACACAGCUAAAAAAAUUACUCUAGACAUUUUUCACAAUUGGACAAAGUGAUGGAUGAAGACCAAAUACAUUUCCAUAUGGUAUAAUUUAGAUGUUUUGUCCUCUGUUAUAAAUGUGUGUGCGAAAAGACCACUCCUGUAUUUUGUUGUCAUACUGCCUUCUGUAAAAAAGAAAAAAAAAAACGUUCUACACAGAAGACCAACCGUAAAGUCGAAAAAAGGUGAAAACAUGCAUGUCUGAUAGCUUGGAUAACAUAUAUGUGGAUCUGUGAGAGAAUGCUUCCCCUCCCAUCUGCUUAUCCAACCAAAAUUUCCUAAAAUCAUCAUCAGUUUGUUGAAAUCACAAGAAAUGGACCUUGUGUUUAUAAUUGUAUAAACAGAGUGUACUGUACAUAGCUGAAAUGAUCACACUGACUUGCCCCAACUUUUAACUCUUGAGGUAUACAAGGUACUAAUGAUGAUCAAAUUUUGUAUUCCUCUGUUUGGUAAAUACUUUUAAAUGUUUGAAAUUUUACAGUAAAUGUAGGUAUGUACUGUAUGUUCUUUUUGCUUAAAUGCCACAUAAUCAUGUUUUAAUUGAAUUGGAUCAUAUUUUUAUACUAAAGUAUAUAUGUAUGACUAAAUCAGAUAAUUGUUUAUUUGAAACGGCACGAUUGAAGAGUGCAAGAGUGUAAAUAGACUUAAUGGUAAUAGGGCAACUGGUAAUCUGAAUAUCCAUAGAUCUGAAUCCCACUGGGGACAUUCCUUUUGUUAGUCGCUGUUUUCUAGAAAGAGAACCAUCAAGGCUACAAUAUGAAUUCAGUUCAUUUCAACUGUACUUCACCUGUAAAAUUUACUGAAAACUGAACGCGUACAAGGGCUGUGCAGGGCUGCACUAGCUGACAGCUUUGAGUAGUUGACUAAAACUUGACCUCCAUGACCUCCGAAUACAAUGAAAACUACAUUUAUCAUUUGAAACGUCAAGCUACAACUCAGCACUGAUCAUACAAUACUGGUCUCCUCUUUUUAUACUCUGUUCUCAGGUUGCACAUUAAAACAGCAAAUGGGGUAAUUAAUAUAUGCACAGAAUUUCAUCAUCAUUAUCAGAAAUACUCCAUAGUUGCCUCUUCAUAUUGAACAAACCAAUCUUUAUGUUUUUGUUCACACAUCUUUAUUGGUCAAAUAGAGACAGUGAACGCACUCGUAAUUUGCCAUUACAUCACAUGCUAUUACAGUAAAGAGGAUGCAGUAAUGAAAAUGCAGUAUAUAUUGUUUUAUAGUCCUAUUUUGUCAUGCUUUUUUGUCUGACUCCUCACUCGCUGCUAUAUUGUACUAACUCACCUAACAUUUCUUAUGCCAUGAGUAGAUUACCGACACGUCAAGCUGCCUCUUACUUAUUAUAUUUCCUCACAGAAUGUCAGUCACACUUGCAGAAUUCAUUGAACGCAGCUCGUUUUUUUUUUUCCCGUGCAUACUCCUGGGACUUGGAUUUCCCAAAUAUGCUCGGGGGAUUAACCACAAACAAUCUGUGCCUUAGCGUGUGUCCAUGCCAUACAACACUAGAGAU